UAUUUUAUUUUUAUUUAUAAAUUUAAAUGGGAUCUUUUAGCGAAACAUGACUAUACAUUUUUCUUGUCGUGUCGCGUGCUACUGUUAUUGAUAAAAAUGGGAUCAAAAAAGGCAAAUAUUGGUCGGCGUACACGUAACUCAAAAUCAGUUUAUAAUCGGAGACUCAAGCUUAAGAAGAAAAUUGACCCUGUUCUCAAUCAUCCAGAUAAUGAGAGUGAAAAAAGGUAUACGCCUAAAGCAAAAUCAGUUAAUAAUCGGAGACUUAAGCUCAAGAAGAAAGUUGCCUCUGUUCCUAAUCCCGGAGAUGAUAAGAGUGAAGGAAAUCGUACGGACGAAUUGGAGGCAAACAGUUCUCAAGCAAGAUAUGCCCCAGCUCCCGAAGAAUCCACAAAGAAAGAGAAUCAAUCUAAUAGAGGAUCCAAUGAAUUUCUCAACUUUAUACGUUGGGCAUUUAGAGAAAUUCUGUCAAGAAGUAAAGGAGAACACAAAUGGAACCACAAACAAGAUACGGGAGAAAAAUGGAAGAAAACAGACAGUGCAGUUACAGAAGGCGAUGCAAAUCAAGCGACUGCCUCUAUCACCAAAGUAAUGCCUCGAGUAUUAGAUCCACUAAGCAUUAAAUCUGAACCGGUUUACUUAGCGAUGGUGGACACCUGUGAACAAUUUAUAGACGAAGGAGGCGUUCACGAUAGAAAAGAAUAUAUAAUCGAGAAUGGAGAAAAUGAGUCGAAUCCUCCAGUUAUGGCAAUGGAUGCGCAUCACUCGCCUGCCUCUUUCAACAAAAAAACUUUUCGAGUGUUAGAUCCACCUGUUGUUCACUUGGACCAACGGGAAUUCGCCAAACGUCACUUGGUCGGUACAAGUGACGAAAAAUAUCUCGAUAAACCCGUGCAGGAUGAUCAUACGUACUGUCGCAAAUAUGACGAGAAAUUACACGUCAAAUCGGAAAUCGUUGAUAUUCUCGAACAAUUGACAGACAAAGAAGAAGAAAAAUUUGGAAUUAGGAUAGAAGUGGGUCCAAAUCAACCAUAUUCGUCUUUUACCGAAGGAAUGCCUGAAGUACGACCAACGACCAUUAAAUAUGAAUCGAUUCACUUAGACCAAUUUUCUAAAUGUCACAUACAGUACGAUCAUACUGCCAGUCCUGAAGAUGACAAGAAAUGGCACGUCGAAUCAGGAAUUUUGGACACUCCUGGACAAUUUAUAGACAAUGAAGGAAAUCACGAUAAAGAAAAAUUCGUAAUUAAAAAUGAAGAAAACAACUCAAAUUCCUCAGUUAUGGAAGUCGAUGCAGAUCAAACACUCGCCCCUUGUAACGAAGAAAUGUUACAUCCGACAAGGAUUAAAUCUGAACCGGCUCACUGGGGGCAGUGUGAAUUUCCCGUACGGCACUCGGCUGGUGUGAAAAAUGGAGAAACCAACCCGAAUACCUUGGAUCCAUCUUCAGCCAAAGAACUGCCUCGAGUAUCUCCUCUGAAUAUCGACAAUCAGAAGUGUCGUAAUUCCCAAGACUUUCAUUCAAGCAUCACGCGAGUUUGUCGCCGAAACUAAACAUCAGCUCCAGA